AUGAAGACAACAUCCACAUUCCUCCUUGCCCUAGCUGGACUAGGGCACCUCGGCGCUGCCCAGACUGUCGUAGGUGAGGCCGAGGGUUUUGCCAGUGGUGUCACGGGCGGCGGAAGUGCCACGGCACAAACCCCAGCGGAUAUCACGGAGCUGACGAAGUGGCUCACUGAUUCAACUCCCCGAGUCAUCGUUCUGGACAAGGAAUACGACUUCACCGAGUCAGAGGGGACAGAGAGCGGUAAUGUCUGCGCAAGCUGGGGUACAGGCUCGGCGUACCAGAGGAUCAUCCAGGAUAACUGUGAUGGCAAGCCCGCGUCCACGGAUACAUGGUACAAGGCGCCCAGAACACCCAUUGACGUAGCUUCCAAUAAGACCAUCAUCGGUGUUGGAAGCAAGGGAAUCAUUACCGGGAAAGGUUUUAGAUUCACCGACGGAGCGAGCAACAUCAUUGUCCAGAACAUCAAGAUGCAGAAACUUAACCCAAAGUACGUCUGGGGAGGAGAUAUCCUCGGAUUCACCGGGUCUGACCUCAUCUGGAUCGACCAUGUCACUACUUCCCAACCUGGCCGCCAACACUACGUUUUUGGCCAUGACCCAAGCACUCGCAUCACCUUGUCCAACAACCACAUCGAUGGCGAAUCUCCGUACUCCACUGGCGGCGAUGGCUACCAUUACUGGACCUUUGAAAUGGUUGGCAAGGGCGACCAGAUUACGAUGAAGAACAACUACAUCACAAAGACAGCUGGCCGCUCUCCUGCUCUCAGCGGUAACACUUUGCUUCACGCGGUCAACAACGUCUGGGAAGGGAACAACGGCCAUGCUCUAGAAGGUGGUGAGACUACCGCUCGCGGUAUCUUCGAGGGCAACGUAUUCAGCGAUGUGAAGGCGGUCGAGUCUGACUACAAGGGAAAGCUCUUUGGUGUUCCUGAUGCCAGCUCUGCCUCCAAGUGCGAGUCGGCCCUCGGCAGAUCCUGCGAGGUUAACACUUAUGAAAGCUCUGGAGGUACUCUCACUCAAUCUGACACUCCCUUCUUCUCCGACUUCUCAGGCCUCAAGAUUGCCAGUGCUGUCGCUGCCUCCAAAGCGCAGACGGAUGUUCCCAAAAACGCUGGGUUUGGCAAGCUUUCCGACUCUUCAAGCACAUCCCCAACGACAUCUAGCCCGAGCUCUAGUUCUCCUGCCAAGGCUGCCUCUACUUCCAAGUCUACUGCCACUUCUAAGCCCACAUCUACAUCCACCACUUCCGCCAAGCCUACAUCCGAAGCCGCGACCGGUGAUGACAGCGAGUCUGACCUGGGAACCGUUGGUAUUUAUGGACAGUGCGGCGGUAGCGGAUACAGCGGUUCCACCACCUGUGCGGAGGGGAGCUGUGUAAAGUACAAUGACUGGUACUCCCAGUGCGUUUAG